CGUCCUUUUAUAUGGAUUUAAGUUGUAGUGAGAGUAGUGAAGGCAAUUCUCAAAACUCUCAGAAAACAGCCACCACUGACAGACUACAGAAUUCAGGAUGGGAUAAAUUGCCAGAAGCUCUCGGCACACCUUCAGUCAAGAAGCUCCAGUCUUUGGAACCUAUGGAACUUCUUGGGAGUCCUUGGCGCAAUGUUCAGCUUCCUUUCUCAGUCAUUUAUGUAGCUAAGGGGAAGUCUCGUCCGGAGUUGUCAGCUCGCUACCUAAUUCGUCAUCUCUUCACGGAAGAUGUGCUGGUGAAAAGCAAUGUGUACGGUAAUCUUGAACGUGGCAUGAGUCCCUUGGACUGCAACAGAAUUAAUGCUCUCAGAGACUUUCUUCAAGAGAACUACCCCUCCUUUGAUCUGAAAGAAACUGGCCAUGAUUGGAAGGCUUGCGUGGCUGCCAUAAACAGCACAAUCCGCAGCCUCCGGCACGACCUCAAGAAGACUACCAUUGGCAUGCGCAGGAGGCUCUUGGCCAUGCCACCAUCGAGCAAAAGGAGUCCUCCGCAGAGUCCCACUUCAGCGAAGCCCUGUGAAGGUGACACUAUCAAUCUCACAGACUGAAGUCCUCUAACAGCUGUCUCCAAACCUUAGUUUAGUAGGUUUUUAUAAAACCCACAUAGAUGCCUAUUACAUCAAGCUG